AAAGUCAACGAAACGCUCCUGAUCAAUUUUAAAAUUUAAAAGAAAUCUCUUCUGCAUUUCCAAUUUAGUAGGGUUUAGGUCUUGAAAGGGUUUUGACCUCGAGGAGAUUAACAAAGCACAAUACUUCAAGACAAAACUAUCUGGUAAGCAUUUCUACAUCAACUAAAUCCUAAUAUUUUCCCCUAAUAAUUGCAAUGCUUCAUCGUUUAAAUCGUAAAUUUUGCCCUAGAAAUCUCUACUUCACUCUCAAACUAAACCCUAACUCUAGCACUAGCUCUUCGAGAAACCGGAAUUCUAGCCGGAGUGCACUCAAUAAGUGCUCCGAUAGCUUUAGUUUCUUCUACUCAUCAAUGGGUAUCAAUCAAAUUUCCCCCUUUUCUUCUGUUUCUAAAACCCCCAAUUUUGUUAGAAACCCUAGUUUUAUCAGAACUUACUGUUCUGGUGAGUGGACUGAGGAUAUAGAGUACUUAGAUGAAUCGGGGAGUGUUGUAUACUCUGGUAAAGGUGUUCGGUCUGUUGAGCCGGGGGUUGAUGAUCAUGUUAUGGUGGGUGGGUUAAAGAAGCCAUUUUUGAAUGCCUCAGCAGUUGCUAAGAUUGUUGAGGUUGUUAAGAGGUGGAAAUGGGGACCAGAAUUAGAGACCCAAUUGGAUAAACUACAGUUUAUGCCUAAUAUGACUCAUGUGACUCAAGCCAUGAAAGUUGUCAAAGAUAGUGAUGAAUCAUUGAGUUUGUUUAGAUGGGCUAAGAGACGAUCUUGGUAUGUUCCGAGUGAUGAGUGUUAUGGCAUAUUGUUUGAUGGAUUAAAUCAAAGGAGAGAUUUUGAUGCGAUUCAGUCAUUGUUUGAGGAGAUGGUUCAAGAGUCUAGUGAUAAGGGGGUUUCUUUGUUUAAUGCACAUAAUUGGGUGAUUCAGUAUUUGGCUAAAGCUGAGAAAUUGGAGGUGUCAUUUUGUUGUUUCAAGAAGGCUCAGGAUUAUGGUUGUGUAAUAGAUACACAAACAUACAAUGCUCUUAUGAUGUUAUUUUUGAAUAAAAGUUUGCCUUACAAGGCAUUUGAGAUAUACGAGAGCAUGCAAGCGGCAGGAUGUUUCUUGGACGGAUCCACCUAUGAGUUGAUGAUACCUAGCUUGGCGAAAUCAGGCCGUCUUGAUGCAGCAUUUAAGCUCUUUCAAGAGAUGAAAGAAAGGAAGUUUCAACCAAGCUUUAAUAUCUUUGCAUCACUUGUUGAUUCAAUGGGGAAAGCUGGAAGACUGGACACAUCAAUGAAAGUCUACAUGGAAAUGCAGGGCUCUGGGCUUCGGCCAUCUGCUACUAUGUUUGUUUCUUUGAUUGAGUCAUAUACAAAGGCUGGGAAGCUAGAUACUGCUCUUAAGCUUUGGGAUGAAAUGAAGAAGGCUGGUUUUAGACCAAAUUUUGGUUUAUAUACAAUGAUCAUUGAGUCUCAUGCGAAAUCAGGAAAGCUUGAUCAUGCAACAGCCCUUUUUAAAGACAUGGAGAAAACUGGAUUUCUACCAACACCAUCCACCUACUCAUGUCUCUUGGAAAUGCAUGCAGCCUCUGGACAGGUAGAUUCUGCAAUGAAGCUUUAUAACUCAAUGAUUAAUGCAGGUUUGAGGCCUGGAUUGAGCACGUAUACUGCUCUUUUAACACUCUUGGCUAAUAAGAAACUCGUGGAUGUUGCAGCAAAGAUAUUACUUGAAAUGAAGUCAAUGGGAUAUUCUGUUGAUGUGAGUGCUAGUGAUCUUCUAAUGGUUUAUGUUAAAGAUGGUUCCAUUGAGCUUGCCUUGAGGUGGUUAAGGUUCAUGGGGUCAUCAGGGAUUAGAACAAAUAAUUUCAUAGUUAGGCAGUUGUUUGAAUCAUGCAUGAAGAGUGGUUUAUACGAGUCAGCAAAGCCUCUCCUUGAAACCUAUGUGAAUUCUGCUGCAAAGGUGGAUCUAGUUCUUUACACAUCAAUUCUUGCCUACCUGGUUCGAUGCCACGAAGAGCUCAAUGAAAGACUUUUGAUGGCGAUCCUUGGUGCUACAAAACACAAAGCUCAUGCUUUUAUGUGUGGACUCUUUACUGGCCCAGAACAGAGAAAACAACCAGUCUUAUCAUUUGUCAGGGAAUUUUUUCAAGGUAUUGAUUAUGAGUUGGAAGAGGGGGCUGCAAGGUACUUUGUCAAUGUUCUCCUCAAUUACCUUGUUCUCAUGGGGCAGAUAAACAGGGCUCGCUGUGUUUGGAAAGUUGCUUAUGAGAAUAAGCUUUUCCCAAAGGCAAUCGUUUUUGAUCAAAAUGUUGCUUGGUCUCUUGAUGUUAGAAACUUGUCAGUGGGAGCAGCUCUUAUAGCUGUGGUGCACACUCUCCACAGAUUUAGGAAGCGAAUGUUGUAUUAUGGAGUUAUUCCUAGGCGCAUCAAAUUGGUUACAGGACCUACUUUGAAGAUUGUGGUUGCACAGAUGCUGAGCUCUGUAGAAUCCCCAUUUGAAGUUAGUAAGGUCGUUUUAAGGGCCCCUGGCGACACUGUGAUGGCGUGGUUCAAAAAGCCAAUUGUUCAACAGUUCCUCUUGAAUGAGAUUCCAUCAAGAGCUGACAUCCUCAUGCACAAGCUGAAUAUACUUUUUCCCAGUUCUGCACCUGAAAUUAGAUCAUUGUCCCCACCUAAACCACUCAUUGCAGGGAAGGCAAUCUAGCCAGCCAUGUAUGGUAUUUCGUUGGCACU